UGAGCUUUCACCGACACCCUCUUCAACAAUUUUGAUGGUUUUGUACCGUGCUUGAAUCAUGUCUACUGAAGGGGAAUCCCCAACAGGGGAGUUGUCCGAGUUCGAGACGCAAUUUGAGCCUCGGUCUAAUGAUGACGAUGCUCUGUGGGAAGUCCUAGAAAUUGUUGCUGAGCGGGGUAAGAAGUAUCGGGUUAGGUGGGCAGGUAAUGAUCCCAAGACCGGGAGACCGUGGCCGUUGGACUGGGUACCCAAGCACGACUGCACGGAUCACCUGGUAGAAGAGUGGAAGAGGAAAAAGGCAGAGAAGGGACGUCGAUCGAGGAAGAAUCAAAACUGCUACACGCGCCUCGACGACUUCGAAGGUUUCUACGAAUUCUACCUCCCGAAAAUCGCGCUCUCUGGCGGAAGAAAGUGUCCCUAUCUCAACAGACUAUGAUGACCCUCCCCGUGCUCAACCGUCAACCUCGAAAGCCCAGUCCUCAAAGCGUAAACACGCAGAUAUUGCUAAGGACUUAUCAGAUCCAAGUGACUCAGCGGACCCUUCAGAACCGGAACAUCCAAGGAAGAAGAAGAAGAAACUUGCUAUUG